AGAGCGCAUGUGAAGAGGACCGUUUCCAAUGUAGUGAUCAUAGUAUAUGCGUUCUCAACUAUCAAGAUGACAGCGUUCGAUGCCAGUGUAAGCAUGGCUUCACAGGAAAACCUUGUGGUAGGUAUAUAUCUCUUUGCUUAGGCAUGGAAAAAGCCUCGAUUAUCAUAUGAAAAAGUCAGCUUGAAUAGGUUAUUUUUUUCUUCGCAAUAGAACGAAAAAGCUGCUCCCAAUUGUUUCAAGAUGGAUUUAAUUCUAGUGGCGUGUACACCAUCAAUCCAGAUGGAGGCAAACCAAUCCAAGUGUUUUGUGACAUGAUCACAGGUGGUGGAGGCUGGACCGUUUUUCAGAAACGCUUGGACGGCUCUGUUGACUUCUAUCUUAAAUGGGAAUCCUACAAAAACGGCUUCGGAAAUCUGAAAGGAGAGUUCUGGCUUGGAAACGACAAUCUUCACCGUUUAACAGCCGCUGAUGACGUUAUGUUGAGAGUUGAUCUAGAAGACUUUGAAGGGAACAUCACGUACGCUGAGUACACGAAUUUUAAUGUUGCAGACGAAGCUGACAAGUACCGGCUUUUUGUUGAAGGAUACAAGGGCACUGCUGGUGACUCUAUGACGGUACAUAGGUAAGAAAGGAAUUCAGGUUGAUUGAGAGAUAAACAAGGACGCAUCCAAACCAGUCGGUAGACACUUGAAUCUCCCUAAUCAUUCUAAACAACACAUGGCAGUUUGCGGCCUUUUCUCUGCCGCAAAACACUAGAACAAAAAUUUAUCUUCCAAAUCGGCACUCAUAAUCCCCACGUUAUUACCGUGCGCUUUUCAUUUAACUAAUUUAUUCUUGUUCUCUAGUCACCAUAUUCCCACCUAGAGCGUAGCUCCAUUCUCUGAAUAUUGACCCACAUACUACCCACAACUCCUCCUAUCGCUCUGACGAAGGGCUAACGCUCGAAACGUCUUCUCUCUAUCCUGUUCUAUCGAGCUGACUGGUUUCAUCGUUCCUUAUCAUGAGAGAAACUCCGGUAUCAACAUAGUGUCAACAGAAUAGAGGCAUCCUGUAUUGAAAUUUAAAGAUACGACAGUGGAAACAGAAACCAUAGAUUGUUUAAACGAAAGAAAGAACAUUUGACGGACUAGGCGAUUGAGGUUUAGAGUGAUUAAAUGCUGAAAUAGAAACAAAAAACGAAGUAAAGAUCCUAUUGCAAAAUAAGGAAACGGCCUUUCCGCACUAACGGGCAAAACUAGAAUUGUUCCGACAAAAUCAAAGGACAAAUUUUGUCAUGUAAAAUGUUUGCUUCGUCUGUCGCAUCCGCAUCAAAAAAAAUUUCUAAGCCGUCAAAAAUUCCGUUAGCGCCUGAUGUGUUCAUAAGACCGGCCAGCUUAGUUUGCCAAAGGAUUAAACCUCCAAUCUCCAGGAUUUGUCCAAGUCAUUUUAAAAUUUUAGAGUCCCCGGGCUUUGCAACAAAAGAUAAUUAUUGCCCUUCUACUAUACUGAUUUCAGUUCAAUCAUACGCUGGUCGUGGCAUUUACGACAAAUGAUCGACAAGUUUAUCACGGUUUUGUUUAUUUAGUCGAUUUUGUCCAAUUUUUACCCAGGACAAAUCUUUUUUCGGCAGUACAUUUGAAGAUUUGUCAGGUAGAGACAAACCAUCUGCACUUGGAAAAUGCUGAUGAUGACAGGAAAAAACCAACUCGCUGGUGCGGAAAGGCCCUAACUUUACAAACGCAAAGAACUAAUAAACCAAGAGACUUUCGUGAGCCUCAAACAAACUUCAUCAACGUACACUUCUAGUAAUAUGUGUCCUAGUUGUUAUUAGUUUGUACAGAUAACCAUCCAAACUAGCUUUAAAGCUGAACUUGGUCAGCCUGUAUAAAUAUCGUGAAUAAAUUGAUAAACAACCAUUGCUUUUUAUGUGUCUAAACAUGUUGAAAACAAGCUUGCAUGAAAUUUGAUUUCAUUUCAGCAAUAUGAGGUUUUCUACGAAUGAUCAAGACAAUGAUUCAAAUGACAAUUUUCACUGCUCACAACGCUACGAGGGAGCCUGGUGGUACGUAGCCUGCCAUAGCUCCAAUCUGAACGGAUUGUACCUCAAUGGCUCUCACGUGUCUAAUGCUAAUGGGGUCAACUGGCAUUCUUUCAGAGGCCAUCGUUACUCACUAAAACGCACCGAGAUGAAAGUGAGAACCAAAGUAUAA